AUGUUUUGGUCCUCGAAGUCAGGCAUUUCGUCAAAUUACUCUUAUUCCUCUUCACCAACGUUUGUGGUAGAUUCUUGGAGUGUUCACACCGGUCGACCUAAGAGUAGUUCUACCAAUGCCCUAGCCAAAAUAUCAGUAUUCAUCUUCGACAAAAAGCAGUUCGAGAAUUACCUGUUAACAUAUGGUGUAAUAAAGUCGAAAUCCUCUUCAAAAGACAAACUUAUCAUACAAGAGGCAUACAAUGUACUUAAGACUCAAGUUGGCAACCUCGCUAAGUUAAAACACCCCAACAUUUUGACUCUGAUAGAGCCCUUAGAGGAGCACAGUAAGAAUUUUAUGUUCGUUGCCGAAUAUAUUUCUGGAAGUUUGGAUACCAUAUUUGGGAGUGAUACUAAUGAAGAGCUUGAGUUUUUACAAAACGGUGUUAAUUCUGGCAAUGUAAUUAUCCAACGAGGAAUUCUCCAGAUUUCUCAAGCACUUGAAUUCAUUCACAAUAGAGCAAGUUCUGUUCUGCUAAAUUUACAGCCACAAUCCGUACUCGUCAAUGAUAAUUCAGAUUGGAAGGUUUUUGGACUUGGACACUUGGUCAAGCUUCCACAAGGAACAAACACAGCAGAUUAUUUCAUUCCACAAUUUAGCCGUGAAGUACCUGCAUUUAUGCACAUUCCUUUAGACUACAGUGCUCCGGAGCUUAUCCUAGAUAAGAUGUUAUCACCCAAGAAUGAUUACUUUUCAUUGGGAUUACUGAUAUACUUUCUUUACUAUAAAAAGAGCUUACUGAAUUGUGAAAAUAGUAUCAGCAGUUUCGGUGAUCAAUAUGCAAAAUUCGAACGUCAAGUGUUACAGUAUACUUCGAACCAGUUUUUUUCUAAGAUUCCCGAAAAGCUACGGUUCUGUAUGCCCAAGUUGAUGAAUCGAGAUGUAUUCAACCGAUUUGACAAUAUAAGCGAUUUCAUUGAAUCAGAGUUCUUCCAAGAUCCUUUAAUCAAGACACUGAUAUUUUUGGAUGACCUCCCAACCAAAAAUGCCCAAGAAAAAAGUAUUUUCUUGGAUGGGCUUGAUAAAAUUCUUCCGCAAUUCCCAACCCCUCUGUUGCAGCGCAAAUUCCUACCUGUACUAUUGGAGUUAAUGGAUCAAUCAUGUUCUGCGGACACAAGAGAUCCUGAGUGUCUUAAGAGAAACCUUCAAGUUGUCAUUCAGAUAGGUUCAACUUUGUCCCAGCUAACCUUUCAUGAGAAAGUUUAUCCACAUUUAGUUUCUGAUGUCAACUUUCCAAUACUCCUCUCCGUUGCCACUUCUACUUUCAUCGAUAAUUUGAGGAUACUGAAGGAUAAGUGCAAGUCAGAGAACUUCAUCAAUGUUAUAUUGAAACCCUUAUGCUCGCAUGUACUCUCUAGUAAUAGCGCAGAAAUUGCAGUGGAACUUCAAGAGACUCUGUUACUAAAAUUGGAGAUCAUGCUAGAGUGUUUCGAUUUUCCUACAGUCAAGAACUUUCUUUUUCCCUUGAUAUCACAGCUGUUCGUAAAGACAACUAGCCUGACUGUGAAAAACUCCUGUGUUGGCAGUUUUGAAAAGAUGAUACAGGAAAAGGCCAUCGACAAAUACAUAUGUGUGGAAAGCAUCUUACCUCUCUUUAAAUCCAUGAAGACCAGAGACCCAAGAAUUUUACUUAAGUCUUUACAGCUAUUCAGGUUAUUUCCUGCUUUUGUUGACAACGAAAACGUGAUCGUCGAACAGUUGCUACCGCUACUAUGGAACUUCUCCAUUGCCCCAUCCCUUAAACCUAGCCAGUAUAGUGAUUACAUCGAUGUAAUCAACAAAAUCAGCGCCGACAUUCAACGUUCACAUAUGGAAAAAUUAAAGGAAAGCACUGGCCUACAAAGUCAAAGCGAAAGUGCCAACUUCAAUAAGGUCAUCGAAAAGCCAAUUCAACGAAGAGAAGACCCAGAUACUCAGGCCGCCAAAAGCAUUAGUGUUCCGGCAAUGCAACCGAGAACUCUAGCUGCGAAUUCGAGAUCAACCAGUAGUGGCGCGUCUACAGAUAAAAUCAUUCGGCAAACUAAUUUACAAAAACCAAAAACGAUGCCACCAACCACUGAAGUUCCUAAACGUGCCGUUCGUAGUCCCCCUACGAAACCCUUGAUCCUUACUAAGGGCGUUGCUCAAAACUCGCCGAAGGCUACAAGAGCUAGACCAGCUAGAAUCAUUAAUAACCAGCCUAAAAAUGAUGCCGAUGAUUUUGAGGAUUUUGAUGACUUUGUAUCUUCAACGAGCUCUCCCAUAAGCGCGCACCACUCGCGUUUUCCUGCGAACGCCGAAGCUAAAGCUGCAGUCAACGUCCAAGCUCAGUCUCCGAAAGUUUCGAAUACCACACCAUCAACUGCCUUUCCACCAGGAUUUUCGAUGGCCUUACAACCACAGCGCAAGUCGUCCCCCCUGAACAGUGGUGAUGUAUCGGUAAGUGAUGGUCCUUCUCUUCUAUGA